AUGUCGGCCGACUUUGAAGCGCCGUGGGUGGAAAAGUACCGUCCGCGCGUCUUGGCCGACGUCGUGGGCAACCGCGACACGAUCGCGAGUCUCCAGGCCAUGGCGCGCGCCGGCAACAUGACCAACUUGAUCCUCGCCGGGCCGCCGGGAACGGGCAAGACCACGAGUAUCUUGUGUCUCGCGCACGAGCUCCUCGGGCCGACGUCGGUCAAGCAGGCCGUGCUGGAGCUGAACGCGUCGGACGACCGCGGGAUCGACACGGUGCGGACGAAGAUCAAGAUGUUCGCACAGCAGAAAGUGACGCUCCCGCCAGGGCGCCACAAGCUCGUAAUUCUCGACGAGGCGGACGCCAUGACGGCUGCAGCCCAGCAGGCUCUUCGACGGACGAUGGAGCUCUUCUCGGCUACCACGCGCUUCGCUCUCGCGUGCAACAACUCGACGAAAGUCAUUGAGCCCAUCCAGAGUCGCUGUGCCAUGCUGCGCUUCACGCGGCUGUCGGACGAGAUGCUCUUGCGUCGCUUGCUCACGGUCUGUCAAGAGGAGAACGUUGGGUACAACGACGAGGGCCUCGCGGCUCUUAUCUUUACAGCUGAGGGCGAUAUGCGCAAUGCGCUGAACAACCUGCAGGCCACAGCCAGUGGCUUCCACUUUAUCAGUGACGAGAACGUCUUUCAAGUGUGUGAUCAACCGCAUCCAGCGGUGGUGAAAGACCUGCUGACACACUGUGAGCAAGCACGACUUGAUCGAGCAGAGGAACUGGCACUCGGAUUGGUGAAAAGCGGCUACUCGUCGCUUGAUGUCAUCGGGACGAUCUUUCGAGUGUGCAAAGCGUUAUCGAUGCCGGACGAAAAGCUCAAGCUUGAGUUCAUUAAGCUCAUUGGAGCUACGCACAUGUGUAUCGCCGAUGGCGUCUCGACGCAACUACAGAUCCAUGGUCUCGUUGCGCGACUCUGUGCUGCAGCAGCGGUCGAAACGACAACAGGCUGA